ACCCUCACACACUCCUGAACUCCACUCUCUCUCUCUCUCUCUCUCUCUCUGACCGUACACAGCAGCGGGACCGCACACCGCCAAGGUAAAGGAAACAUGAGUUACUCCAGCGACAUUUACAGCAGCAGCUCCUAUCGGAAGAUUUUCGGAGAUGCCCCCCGGUCCGGCCGCGUGGGUCUGGGCAGCAGCCCGUCCCGCCUGCACUCUGCGGGGUACCGCAGCAGCCAACGCACCUAUGGUUCCCCCUCCGUGAUGUCCUCCACCACCUACCGCAGGACAGCAGCGCCCGGCCGCGUCUUCUCCUCCAUGCAGGACUCCAUGAUGGACUUUACCCAGUCCACCGCGGUCACCAACGAGCUCAAGAUCAUCCGCACCAACGAGAAGGAGCAGCUGCAGGGCCUCAACGACCGCUUCGUCACCUUCAUUGAGAAGGUGCACAACCUGGAGCAGCAGAAUAAAGUCCUGGAGGCAGAGGUCACGCUCCUGCGGCAGCGCAACAACGAGCCCUCGCGUCUGCACGAGCUGUACGAACAGGAGAUCCGCGAGCUGCGGGCGCGCGUGGAAGAGCUGACGCACGAGAAGAGCCAAAUGCACCUGGACUGCGUGCAGAUGAACGACACGAUGGAGCGCGUGAGGGAGAAGCUGGAGGAGGAGACCAGGCUGCGCGAGGAGGCGGAGAACACCCUGAAGGGCUACCGGAAGGACGUGGACGACGCCACCCUGGCGCGCCUGGAGCUGGAGAAGAAAGUGGAGUCUCUGCUGGACGAGAUCUCCUUCCUCAGGAAAGUUCAUGAGGAGGAGCUGCAGGAGCUGCAAGCUGCUCUGCAGGCCACACAGGUGUCAGUGGAGAUGGACAUGAGCAAACCGGACCUGACUGCUGCGCUGAAGGACAUCCGGGCUCAGUACGAGAACCUGUCGGCCAGGAACCAGGCCCAGGCAGAGGAGUGGUACCGCUCCAAGUUUGCCAGCGUGACCGAGGCGGCUGCCCGCAACCAGGACUCCAUCAAGCACUCGAAGGAGGAGCUGAGUGAGUACCGCAGGCAGGUACAGGCCCGCACCCUGGAGAUCGAGGCCCUCAGGGGCCACAACGAGGCCCUGGAGAGGCAGAUUGCUGAGAUGGAGGAUCGUCAUAACAACGAAAUGGGAGAGAUGCAGGAUACCAUUCAGCAGCUGGAGGCUGCCCUGCGCAGCACCAAAGGAGAAAUGUCCCGUCACCUGCGUGAAUACCAGGACUUACUGAACGUCAAGAUGGCGCUGGACAUUGAGAUCGCUGCCUACAGGAAACUGCUGGAAGGUGAAGAGUGCCGCCUCAGCUCCGUUGGCGGAGCCAUGGUCCAGUCCGGCUACCCGGGCUUCUCCUACAUGUCAGCCCGCACCUACACCCUCGGAGCCUCCAGGAAGUUCACAGCCAAGCCUGCGGAGGAGGAAGAGGAGGCGGAAGAAGAGGAGGAGGAAGAGGGAGAGGAGAACGAGGAGGAGGGCGUGGAGGGAGAAGAGGGAGAGGAGGGAGAUGACCAGGAGGAGGGUGAGGGUGAGGGAGAGGAUGGGGAGAAGGAAGAGGAAGAGGAGGAAGAGGAGAAGGAAGAGGAGAAGGAGGGGGAGAAGGAGGAAAAAGAGGAGAAGGAGGAAAAAGAGGAGAAGGAGGAAAAAGAGGAGAAGGAGAAGAAGAAGGAGAGUCCGACCGGCAAGAACAGCAAGAGCUAAACUGCUUGUGUCAACAUCAUCAUCUUCAUCAUUAUCAGUAACACUUUCCUCAUUCCGCCAAUCACUUAUAUGGAUCUGGUCCCUGUUCACAUCAUCGCCGUCACACACAAACACACUGCACAACUCUGCACCCUCCAGAUGCCUCACACCUGCUGUGUUUUUCACUCUUUUUUGCUCCGUAAUUCCUUUAGUAGAUGGAGAAGGAGCUUUAGAAGGGAAUAGAUAUAUUACAAGGCAGAAGAGUUUAAAUCAUUUACAUACUUUGCAGAGGUCGUCAUGAUUUAAUAUCCCCUCAGUGCAGAGAGACCUGCAGAAUAGCUGUAAUAGCAAUAGCUAGCAUGAUGUUACACGAGAAACUGAUAAUUUUUAUGAUAAUUCAUAUGAGCAACAGUAAAUGUGCCAUUCCUGAUCAAUAAUCACGGUGAGAGCAAUCAAACCUUGAAAGUAACAACUUUGUCAGCACACAGACUUUAGGAGAAACGCACAGCUCUUGCCAGUCCAACUUUUAUGGUGCUAUUUGAUUUUUACAUAUAAAAGUUGGGGAGUACUGUAAGUAUAAGAUGUCAUCAUAGACCGAAGCUCAUUCCUGAAUGACGGCUCGUUGCGCAGGAAAGUUUGGAGGAAAAACUGCUUCUAUUAGAACUCUUAAGUCCAACCCCACAUUUCCCACGGCAGGUGAAGGCGUUCCACUCCCCUCUUUCUUCCACUCCUUUCCUUUCAUCACUCUCCACUUGGUUCUGCAUCUCAUCCCACCUCGACAAAAUGAAAUGUACCACUAACCAUUCAAGAUCUUUGUCAAUCUCUCUAUUUCACUGCAGCGUCACAGCACAGCAGCAAAAGCUGUACAUACAAAUGUGUUGGGAGGGCGGUGGUAUUUUCAGUUGCUGGGAAGGAGGAGUGCUGCAGCUUCUCCAUGAGGAAGUGCAUCUUUGGGAAUGAAAAAUGUAGAGUUUAAAUUGCCGCUAUAUAUAUAUUUUUUGGGGAAUGAGAAUUAUCCCCCCCUUUGAUUGAUUCAUUUGUCGAUGAAUUUAUCAGCCAUCUCACCUGUCAGUUUGAUUUUUUAAGUCUACUUGCUUAAUUUCUUUCCCUUCAUUCUUCAGAGAUAAUCAAUCUUUUUUUUCUUUCUCCUCAUACAAAUGUGGUGGGGGUUUUGUUUAAUUUAGCUGGAUAAAGGAAACAAGAUGAAGGUGAACGAGGCUGUCGGUGUCAGGCAGCUGAUGAUGACAGUGACAGCCCUCAGGUCAGACUGUAAGUGGCAGGUUGGGCCGAUGCCACGGAGGUCAUGGCUAUAUGGUACGGAUGGUACAGAGUCGCAUCCAAGGGCUAUUUUCAUCAUAACUCCUUUCUAUCGCUUUGCCCUAAACUGAUAUAUUUCACUGUUGUUCAUCAUUUCACCCCCCCGGGCUUUUCUUUUUGACGAAUGAAUCAACCAAUGGGCAUGAAUGCAUGGCCUGACUCUUGGAGCUUGAAUAUCUGCUGGAUGGGAUAGAUUUCUGCUUGUUGUGUGUUCAAUUAAAAACUUAAAAACUUGCCUUAACCAUGACUGAAAGUUAAAAUAAAACUUGUUUUCACCUGCAUCUCACGUGUUUCUGGGGAGGCUGAGGAGUGCUGAUACUUUCCAGCCCUCUGCUAUACAACUGUGACUGUGUGUGCUGCUAUCUCAUGCAGUGAAGUUCCUCUCAAAGCCAAAUAAAGCCAUUUAUUAACCAAA